CUGCUUUAACCUCUUGCCUUGAAAUUUGGCCCUCCCACGGUACGUAGGGCCUGCCCUUGGAGAGACAAGUCAGGGAUAAAAGUACUACGUACCAUAAGACAGUAUAUAAAGUAAUCUCCAGGCAUGAUCAAGCUCGUAAUAAGAGCACGUCUACCAGGUAUUCCUCGGGGAUGCAGUAUGCCUCGGCCCAGGUGCAUGUCCACAUCGUCAGAUAGCCCAAUGCACGUCUCUGUAUUGGGUCGAGAAUAUCCACGAGAUUCUCAAACGAACAUCACCUCCGCUAUUAUUCACAAACUAGACAGACGAUUACACCUCCAGCCUUCCCACCCUCUGGGAAUCCUUCGAAACCUCAUAGAGUCUCACUACCCAACCUUUUCCGCUUUUUCCGACAUGUCACCCGUAGUCACUCCGGCAAGAAACUUCGACGACCUCUCGUUCCCUCUAGACCACCCUGGCCGAUCAGUCACGGAUAGUUAUUAUAUCAACAAAGAUUAUUUGCUGCGUACACAUACGUCUGCUCACGAAGUUGAAACAUUCUCCAAGGGCCAUCGAGAGUGGCUGCUCACAGCGGACGUGUAUCGACGAGACGAAAUUGAUGCUUCACAUUACCCCGCUUUCCAUCAAGUCGAGGGUGCACGGCUAUUCCACGAUAAUCCGAACGGGAUCAAGGAAAUUGAAGAAGACAACGCUCGGCUGUCCGCGCACCUUGCAAGUUCGAAUAUUAUUAUUGAAGACAUCCCGCACAUAAGUGCUUCAAAUCCAGUUCAGCCGUCUCAUGACCCCGUCAAGGCAGAACUCGUCGCACGCAACCUCAAAUUGUCACUCAAUAGCCUUAUAUUGCAUUUGUUCGGCGGACGAGCAAGUGCGAAUGAAGAGGAACCUCUCAAAGUAAGGUGGAUUGAAGCAUACUUCCCCUUCACGAGUCCAAGCUACGAGGUCGAGGUCUUCUUCCACGGAAAGUGGCUUGAGAUUCUCGGUUGUGGGGUAGUGCUUCAAUCCACUCUGGAUCGUGCUAAUGUACCAAACAGCAUCGGAUGGGCUUUCGGACUUGGCCUGGAGCGUAUCGCUAUGAUCCUCUAUUCCAUACCCGAUAUUCGAUUAUUCUGGUCAAAAGAUUCCCGAUUCCUUGAGCAGUUUAUACCUGGGACUAUCAGUACCUUCAAACCUUUCUCGAAGCAUCCGCCAUGUUACAAGGAUGUCAGCUUCUGGGUACCUUCAACAGGCUUGCAUGAAAACGAUUUCUGCGACUUGGUCAGAGAUACAGCGGGUGAUUCUGUGGAAGACGUCAAAUUGAUCGAUUCUUUCACUCACCCAAAAACCAACCGAACGAGUCAUUGUUAUCGUGUCAACUACAGAUCUAUGGAUCGCUCUUUGACAAACGACGAAGCCAAUGCAUUCCACGAGCGCGUCAUCUCACGACUCAAGGAAGACUUCGGAGUAGAGAUUCGUUGAUUAAGUAUUGUCUAUACUGCAAUAUUAAUCUAAUGAUGAUGUCCCACCUGCGACCCACUCUCCCAACUAC